AUGGAAGCUGUGGCAGUCACAGCUUCCACAAUGCAGCGGGUGGCCAUCUUCCUAGUGUGCCUGCUGAGCUCUGCUCUGGCUCUGCCCACUCCGGCCAGGCUGUGGAGCAAGGGUAACGGCCCCAUCAUUGGAGGAUCCUCUGCCAACAUAGCCAACUACCAGUGGCAACUGUCUUUCCAGUACGGCGGUGGAGCAUCCAGUACAUCUGUGUCUGGAUCUCUACUGGGUACUAGCGCACGAGUAGUGACCCUCGCCAGUGACAACUAUGACCCACCAGGUGGCCUCGCCGUGACGGUGACUGGCUGGGGAGCCACGUACACCGAUGGACUGUCCAUCAGUAGUAUGCUCAAUGUGAACAUCAGCAUAUUGGACCGCAACACGUGCAGGAACACCUUCGCCAACAUCAACACUGUGACCGACCGCAUGGUGUGCGCCGGCCAGGCCGGAAAGAGCGUCUGCAACGGUGACUCUGGUGGUCCCCUGGUCAGCGGAAGCACCCAGGUGGGCAUCAUCUCCUGGGGCAGUUCCAGCUGCGAGGCCACCCCCGGUGUCUUCGCCAACGUCGGCAACCUGCGUUCCUGGAUCCGAUCUGCAUCUGGCGUCUAA